AUGUUGUCUAAAAAUAUUUCGUACCUAUUUUAUGUCAAUUUCAUCUGGCUGCAUACAGCUGUGAGCGGUGAAUUGUACUGUAUCUACGGAUUAAUUCAAGAAGGAAAAAGUUUGGAAGAAAUAUCAAUAAUUGCUCCCUUUCCGCUAAUUUGUGCCUUAGGAACUAUCAAAGCUGCCUCCAUUUAUAUCAACAAACAUGCAGCUGUCACAGUUCUCAAAAAGUUACGGGAAAUACACCCUGAUAUUUUGGUAAUUGACGAGAAAUAUUUUGAAAAUCACAAAGUACCAAGCGACAUACAAAAAAGAAUAAGAAUAAUUGAUUCGACAAAACAGGUUUUAUUCAAAUUCGUGAUAUGCAUGUGCCUAGGUGUUAUUUUUGUUGUUAUUCUGUUCUGUGUUGUACCCCUUACAUCAAUGGCAAUGGAUUACAACAAAUUUGGAUGGACAGAAUUGAAGUUGCCAUACCAUGUGCGAUAUUUUUAUGAUCCAUAUUCUAUGCCUUGGUGGCCGGGCGAGUACAUACAUCACGUUGGAUGCUCGGUAAUCGUGUACGUGAAUAUUUUCGGUACAGAUGGACUUUUGUACGCAUUUUGUUUGUAUUUAAGAAUGCAUUUUGAAAUAUUAUCCAUCGAUUUCGAAAGAUUAACAGAUAGCAAUGAGGACCUACGACAAUUAGUAUUGAGACACCAAGAACUAAUCGAAUUAGUCAACGAAGUACAAAAUAUAUAUUCAACAUCUAUGCUAUUUAAUAUAAUAAUUAGUUCGUUUACAAUAUGUUUCUGUGGAUUUAACAUAACGCUUAUCACUGAUGUGGGUAUGUCAUUCGCAUUCUUAACUUUUCUUUUAAUGAGUUUGUAUCAAAUUUUCAUGUUAUGUUUCUUCGGUGACAUGAUAAGCGUUUCGAGCACAAAAAUUGGUGAUGCGAUUUAUAAAAACAAGUGGUACGAGGCCAAACCAGCAUUUAAAAGGAGUUUAUUUAUUAUAAUUAUGCGGUCUCGAAAGCCUUGCGUUCUCUCGGCGGCAAAAUUUGCGACCCUCAACCUUACAGCGUUUACUAAGAUUCUGAGCCGUUCCUGGUCUUAUUUCGCUUUAUUAAGAACAAUGUACCGUUAA